AGCUGUGUGUUCAGAGGUACUUGUGCAUGAGGAGAAGUUUGUUCUAUGGCCUCGGAGCUGGGUGCCAGGGAGGAUGGCAGCUGCUCAGAGCUGGCAAAACCUCUUUAUCUGCAGUAUCUGGAGAAAGCUCUGCAACUGGAUCAGUUUUUACGACAGACAUCUGCCAUCUUUAACAGAAGUAUAUCCAGCGAUGAAAGUGAAGAUGGAUUGGAUGACAAUCCUUUGCUGCCUCAGUCUGGGGAUCCAAUGAUGCAAAUUAAGGAAGAGCCUUCAAACUCGUUGCUUGGGGAGUCUUCUGGAGCAGGGAAUUCUGGGCUGCUGAACACACAUUCCCUGAAUGGAGUGCUGCAGCCAGAACCAAAGUCUGAAAAAGGAAGCUUGUAUAACUUUUCCAAACUGAAGAAAAGCAGAAAGUGGCUGAAGAGUAUCCUUCUGAGUGAUGACUCCAGUGACACAGAUUCACUGAGUGAUGAGGAUGGUGAGGAGGAUGAAGAAUUUUCCCUUUCAAGGGAGGAACUUCAUGAUAUGCUGAGAUUACACAAAUAUAAGAAACUGCAUCAAAGUAAAUACAGCAAAGACAAAGAGUUGCAGCAAUACCAGUACUACAGUGCAGGACUGCUGUCUACACACGAUCCUUACUAUGAGCAGCAGCGCCACCUGCUAGGGCCCAAGAAAAAGAAGUUUAAAGAAGAGAAAAAAUUAAAAGGCAAGUUGAAAAAAGUAAAGAAAAAGAGGAGACGGGAUGAAGAACUCUCUUCAGAGGAGUCACCACGAUGCCACCAUCACCAGACCAAAGUUUUUGCCAAGUUUUCUCAAGAUACACCACCACCUGGGUCCAAGAAAAAGCAUUUGAGUAUUGAGCAACUUAACGCACGUCGGCGGAAAGUGUGGCUUAGCAUCGUUAAAAAGGAGUUGCCAAAGGCAUACAAACAAAAAGCCUCAGCCCGCAACCUUUUCCUAACCAACAGCAAAAAGCUUGCCCAUCAGUGCAUGAGGGAGGUACGUCGAGCUGCUAUCCAGGCCCAGAAAAACUGUAAGGAAACUCUACCACGGGCACGUCGUCUUACCAAGGAGAUGCUUCUCUACUGGAAAAAGUAUGAAAAGGUGGAAAAAGAACAUCGCAAACGAGCUGAGAAAGAGGCUCUGGAGCAACGCAAGCUGGAUGAGGAGAUGAGAGAGGCUAAGAGACAGCAGCGAAAACUUAACUUCCUGAUCACACAAACUGAAUUAUAUGCCCACUUUAUGAGUCGUAAACGAGAUAUUGGACAUGAUGGAAUACAGGAGGAAAUCCUACGCAAACUGGAAGACAGCUCUACCCAAAGGCAGAUUGAUAUUGGUGGAGGAGUAGUGGUCAACAUCACCCAAGAAGAUUAUGACAGUAACUAUUACAAGGCUCAAGCUCUGAAGAAUGCUGAGGAUGCUUACCAGAUUCAUCAGGCCCGGACCAGAUCAUUUGAUGAAGAUGCAAAGGAGAGUCGGGCAGCUGCUUUACGGGCUGCUAACAAAUCCGGUACUGGCUUUGGAGAGAGCUACAGUUUAGCAAACCCAUCUAUCCGAGCAGGAGAAGAUAUUCCACAGCCUACCAUUUUCAAUGGAAAACUGAAAGGUUACCAACUGAAAGGCAUGAAUUGGCUGGCCAACCUGUAUGAGCAGGGCAUCAAUGGAAUCCUGGCAGAUGAGAUGGGUCUGGGUAAAACAGUACAAAGUAUUGCUCUCCUUGCACAUUUGGCUGAGAGAGAGAACAUCUGGGGACCUUUUUUAAUAAUUUCACCUGCCUCUACUCUCAACAACUGGCACCAGGAGUUUGCCAGAUUUGUACCUAAAUUUAAGGUGCUCCCUUACUGGGGAAAUCCGCACGACAGGAAGGUGAUCAGGAAGUUCUGGAGUCAGAAGACAUUAUAUACUCAGGAUGCUCCUUUCCAUGUGGUGAUUACCAGUUAUCAGCUGGUAGUACAGGAUGUGAAGUAUUUCCAGAGAGUGAAGUGGCAAUAUAUGGUGCUGGAUGAAGCACAAGCACUCAAGAGUAGCUCCAGUGUUCGUUGGAAGAUCCUACUACAGUUCCAGUGUCGAAACAGAUUAUUGUUGACUGGGACACCAAUCCAGAACACCAUGGCUGAGCUGUGGGCCCUGCUGCAUUUUAUCAUGCCAACGCUGUUUGAUUCCCAUGAAGAGUUCAAUGAGUGGUUUUCCAAGGACAUAGAGAGUCAUGCAGAGAACAAGUCUGCCAUUGAUGAGAACCAACUGUCCCGCUUGCACAUGAUCCUGAAGCCUUUCAUGUUGAGAAGAAUCAAAAAGGAUGUGGAAAAUGAGCUGUCAGAUAAGAUUGAAAUUCUUAUGUACUGCCAGCAGACAAGUCGACAGAAGCUGUUGUACCAAGCCCUGAAAAACAAAAUCUCUAUUGAUGACCUCUUGCAGUCCUCAAUGGGUACUACUCAGCAAGCACAGACCACCACUAGUAGUCUCAUGAAUCUAGUCAUGCAGUUCAGGAAGGUGUGCAAUCACCCAGAGCUGUUUGAGCGACAAGAAACUUGGUCUCCAUUUCACAUCUCUCUAAAGCCAUACCAGAUUUCAAAGUUUAUCUACCGUCAUGGACAGAUCAGGGUCUUUAACCAUUCACGGGACAGGUGGUUACGGGUUUCACUUUCGCCAUUUGCACCAGACCACAUCCAGCAGUCUCUCUUCCAUAGGAAGGGCAUCAACGAAGAAAGCUGUUUUUCUUUCCUCCGGUUUAUUGAUGUCUCUCCAGCAGAAAUGGCAAACCUCAUGAAUCAGGGACAUUUAGCCAGGUGGUUAGCUCUUUUCCUGUCUCUGAAAGCAUCCUACAGGCUCCAUCACACGCGCUUCUGGGUGGAAACCGAAGGGGAGAAACAGCAGGGGUCAUGUUUUCUGAGGAACAGGGAUUUCUUGCUUGAUGUAAAUUUCCAAAAACCUAACUUGCACAGCUGCACUUUGCUGCAGAACCUUGUGUUCAGCAGCCACUGUAAAGCAGUUACUGGCUAUUCAGAUCAUGUCAUACAUCGAAGGAGAUCAGCUACCUCAUGUGUACGGUGCUGCCAGGUGACUGAGCUGCCGUCCUUCCUGUGCAUAGCCAGUCCACGGGUAACAGCUGUGCCUCUGGAGUUCUACUGCAAUGACCGAAGUGCAGAGUAUGAGCGCAGGGCACUGAAGGAAGGAGGAAGUCUGGAAGCAAAGCAGUGUGUACUCAAUGGAGCCCCUGAGCUAGCAGCUGACUGGCUGAAGCAAUCCUCCCAGUUCUUCCCAGAGUAUCCAGGAGGGCUGUUAGGGAUCAGGCCUCAGAAUGGCUGGUCUUUUAUCAGGAUACCAGACAAAGAGAGUCUGAUCACUGACAGUGGAAAACUUCAUGCUCUUGAUCUUCUGUUGACACGGCUGAAAUCUCAAGGACACAGAGUUCUCAUCUAUUCCCAGAUGACACGGAUGAUUGACUUACUGGAGGAAUACAUGGUUUAUAGGAAACAUACCUACAUGAGAUUGGAUGGUUCUUCAAAGAUUUCGGAACGAAGGGACAUGGUAGCAGAUUUUCAGAACAGGAAUGAUAUUUUUGUGUUCCUGUUAAGCACAAGAGCUGGAGGCUUGGGCAUUAACCUUACAGCUGCAGAUACGGUAAUUUUCUAUGACAGUGAUUGGAACCCAACAGUAGACCAGCAAGCCAUGGACCGGGCACACAGGCUGGGUCAGACCAAACAGGUCACUGUGUACCGGUUGAUAUGUAAAGGCACCAUUGAGGAGCGCAUCUUACAGAGGGCUAAGGAAAAGAGUGAG